GAUCGCCGUUGCAGGUUUACUCGAUCGAGGAUGGGACGUUGGAACAUGCGGUGAAGUGAUUGCCUAAAUUCUGCGCCGUAAAAAAACGCAACUUAAUAUGUUAACAGGUAGAGUGAAUAUGUAAGUCUCAGUAUUGAUCAUGUGAGGUUUUAUGCGAAAGAUAUUUGCUCGCAGAGAGUUGGAAUCGACCUGUCUAGAUCGCAGGCCAUUAGCGGAACAAACGUAAGCAGCGAAAAUGGCUACCUCGCCGUGCGGUAAGGCGAGAGUCAUUGUCCUUGCGUUGGGAUUGGUAAUGUUUACGCACGGUGUUUCCUCAGCGUUGGAGCCCCAUCAAAAUGCUUACAAGGCAGCAGAUUCCAAAUCAACCCGGCAGAGAGGUGGUGAUAAGGGACUGUCAAAGGCACAGAUAAACUUCAACAAUCCGGACUUACUCCAUGAGUUGGCCUCCUCGUUGUAUCAGCCCGGCGAGGCAGCGGGAUCGAGCAAACGGAAUCGUGGGGCGGGCACGGAGGCCGACUUGGACCGCACGUUGGUGAGGCAAGCAAACGUCCUCUCGGGCCGAGUCAGAUAUAUCGUCAAUGCAGAACUUGGCCUGAAUGCAUUACAGAAAGCCUAUGAUUCUUUGUCUUAUCAGGAUCAGCAACCAGAUGCACAGCAAGGGCUAGACAAGUUGACAUCCAACAUCAGGGUCAAACUGAAGAAGUUCCUGUCGCUGUUGAACUUUGACCGGGUGGUGGUUGAGAACCUUUACCGGGCCCACCGCUCGGACCCAAUCACGGCCGGCCACAGUUGCUGCCAACUCCCUCCCAAGUACUUCAAAUAUGACUCUGUCUUCCAAACCAACAUCUCCAAGGAGGCUGCAUGCGAGCGAGUUUCUCCUGGUACACCCAGCCAUGCCUUCAACCCCGUCAGGAACAUCUCACAAGUAUUCAAGAGACAUCAGAUGGCCAACCCUACCCUCAAGUGGCAGUAUUUCAACUCAGAAGAUGGUGUACACGUGGUCUUCCCUUCCACCUCCUACACAGCCAACCAUGCCCACGCUAGACGGUGCAAAGACAGUAUGGACAUGAGGAAUGAGCCCAUCUAUUCGUCCACCGUCAGACCUCAGGCGAAAAGCGUCGUUAUACUGAUUGACAGAGGUUUCUCUGUCAGUGAGGCAUCCUUGCAGAUUGCUAGGGAAUCCGCGGAGGUAGCCCUGGCAUCGUUGUCCGAGAAGGAUCAGGUGGGAGUACUGAGUGUGGGAUCUACUGUGCAGACGUGCCAACAGGAUGGUUGCUAUGACAACCACCUAGCAACCGCUACCAUGGAUACCAAAGAGCAGCUGGUCCAGUUUAUCAGAACCAUCAAGCGGGACACUGGUGUAACCAAUCAUACACAGGGUUUGCAAAAGGCUUUCAACUUAUUCCAAAGGUCUACCAUGCCACAGCAUCCCAACAAUAGUGUCACUGACUCUGUCAUUGUGUACUUCAGUGCUGGGCAUGUGUCUGACACUGAGGGCGCUACACAAGUCAUCAACAUGGUGAUCAACGAGAACCAACGAUUCAACAACAGGGCUAUUGUAAUGACAUAUGCCCUAGUCCAAGAAGGUGUAACUGGUCUAGAGGAGUUGGCCUUCCUGCGAGACCUGGCAGAGCUAGACAAUGGAACCAGCUACCAGGAAAUACCUAGACAGAAUCUACCACCUAAACAGAAAGGAGUGAUGACAGUGCUAAACCAGAUGAGCAACUUGCCGUCGGCAGUUGGGAGAUUUUACACCAUUUUGCCUCUGGACACAGCCUCCAAGCCCGUCUUCUCUUUACCUCACUUUGACCUAACUGGAGGAGGUCUCAUCAUGAGUAUCACCCAGGCAUGCUAUGUCAGCAGCCGGCUGGUAGGCAUUGUGGGUCUAGAUGUCAACAUGGUGGAUCUGCUGGAGGAUAUAACAUACUUCAAGGAAGGGGAUCGCUCCUAUGCCUUCAUCAUCGACAGGAAAGGCUUGACUAUCAUGCAUCCAUCCUUGGCAAGGCCCAUAGUGGCCUCGCAGCCACCCCUCUAUGCCGACAUCAGUCACUUUGAACAAUCAGUAGACUUUGACAAGGUCCGCCAAUGCAUGCUCAGGGGCGAAAGUGGCACCAUGCAGUUGCAGAGGUUUGCCAAUGAAAGCACGUUAGUCAACUACACAUGGAGAGCGGUGGACAACGCCCCCUUGACAGUGUGUGUGGUAAUAGAGCAGCAGGAUUUUAACCUCAGACACUUGAAGAAAAUGCACGUACCAGCAGGCCAGACCCUCCUUUAUCACCGACUAGAUCUCCUGCCCUCAGAAAGCAGCUGCAUGCACCUAAAACAGCUGGCAACAACAGAUGCCAGCACCCUCAUGCUUUCUCCUAGCAGCUUCUCCUCCCCAUUUGAACAUCUCAGCCAGCAUGAGACCAAGCUGGUGGUGCAGGCCUACAUGGCGUACCUGAGCGACAACACCAAUCUCAUCGCUAACCCUGGCUUCAAGGAAAUGAUCAAAGAUGAUGUGUCUGCCACCAGUGGCUUGGAGAAGGUCUGGUUAACUCAGUUUGAGAAGAGUAACCUCAACGAUUACAUUGUCAGGAGGUACCUAGCUACAACCAGCGGCAUUCUGAGGAUGUAUCCAGGCUCGCGGGUGGACAAGAGCUUUGACCCCUCCAAGAGACCUUGGUAUAAACGUGCCAUAGCUCAUCCUGGCCGUGUGACGCUGUCCUCUCCUUAUUUGGAUAUGGGUGGGGCCGGUUACAUCAUCACACUCAGCCAUGUUGUCUUUCAGGGAAGGAGUGAUGGCACGCACGAGGAGACGGACCAUGUGGUAGGCAUCAUGGGCAUUGAUUUUACCAUCCGCUACUUCUACAAAGUCCUCCUGGAAAUCAUGCCCAUCUGCAAGGAGGAGAACGUUCGCUGUUUUGUCAUGGAUGACAGGGGAUAUCUCAUAGCCCACCCGAGGCUGGUGGAACCGGCUAGCAGGGGACCAGUCGAGCAACAGCACAUAACUCACCAAGAAAUCUUGGUGUCCAAUGACAUCCUGUACCACUCCCAUUUGGUGAAGAAACUGCGUUGUAACAACUACGAGGAUCGCACCAUCCAACGCUACUACUCCUUCAACACCAGCCUGGUCGGUGUCCUGUCCAACCUGUACCACGGCGAGUACUGCAGCAAGUACCGCAUUGUGCCGGUGCCGGGCACCAACGCCUUUGUGGGCGUGGUCAACGAUACCUGCAGCGAGGUGACCACGUUCUGUCCUUGCAGCAUGUAUGACCGUCUAUGCCUGAAUUGCAACCGGAUGGAGCAAACGGAAUGCGAAUGCCCCUGUGAAUGUGAGCUAGAGUUGGACCACUGCCAUGGCACACUGCAACAAGGGGAGGAUAGGAAUCCCAGUUGCUCUGAUAAGGAGGAGAAUGCUAGCCUUCCUGUGACAGACGACAGCAUCACCAAGGAUCUACCACAGUGCUUGAAGUACAACUGCAAGAAAAGGAAGACAUUCAAGGAUUGUUUUGGUGUGGUCGACUGCGAGUGGUGUGUGGCUGCUUCCACCUCUCAGAAUAAACUCAGGAAGCUGGCCGCGCCUUACUGUGCCACUCAGCGAGAGUGCUUCGGGGGAAUAGUCGGGGCCAAGUCGCCGUACGACGAUGAGAUAGCCAUCGACAGCCAAACCACUCCCUUCGAGGCCCACAAAGGUGCCCAGGUGGGUCCCGUAGCUGGAGCCUUCAUGGGGGUCAUCAUGGCUCUGGCCCUGGUCAUCUACGCCUACCGCCACCACGUCCACAACAAUGCUCAGCGCCGGCGGGAGCUAGCCCAGAACGGCUCAGACGCGUCCGUCCGGAUGUCCCAGGGGGAGGGGGAAGGGGAAGGGGAAGAGGAGGCGGGUAACGACAACCAACCCCCUGCGCCAGGAGCGUUUGGACAUGCCAACAUCCUCUUGGCUGCCUUGAACCAGCCCAGUCCCUACCACCAGCGAGCUCGCUAUGGCAUCCGCGUCUGGCGCCACCGUCCGGGGGGUACGCCCAGCGAGAGUGACCACGGCUACAGCACCAUGACCCCCCAUGAAGACUCGGAGUACCAGUACGUGGAGCCUGAGCCUAUCCUAGUCCACGUGGAGCCAGACCGACACGACAUUGAUCCGCCCCCGGGAACCCUGCGGGUCAAGCGGCCCAGGUCCUCAGCCCCGACGGCCACCUUAUUAGACCUGUCGCAGGGGGAGGGCACCCCUCAAGGAGCUGGCAAUCUACCCCCGAGGCUGGAUCCCCCUCCGCAGACGGUCAUCCCAACCCGGAGGUCCCUAGUCAAAGCCCAGGUACACGCCAUGGACACGGUGUGCUAGUCAGAGUCUUGUAGCCUCCUACUCGGCGGCUGCGUGUAUUCAUAAAAUAACCACCAUGCAACUCACCGGUCAUCUUGUAUUCACCUGGUCCCACAGAACGACCCACAACUCAAAUGGCCCAAAGCGACAGCAUGUGCGGCGUAUCAAUUAUGAAGAAGUUGUACCAAUCAGGCUUAUUGACAAGUGGUUGUCAGAUACCAUAAUAAACUCACCGAUAGCCACCAGUGCUUCAAACGUUCGUAGAUCUGUUCUGGCUUGUACACCAUACCAAUCCAAGCAUUUUUGACCAGGCAAGAGUCUGUCCAAAACCUCUGGCCUACACCUGCCCUUGAGUCAUGCUGUCCAUUUCAAAUUUUUGUUCUGCCAAAGAUUUAUUAAUGAAUGAAUGUAAUGACCUUUGACCCGCAUUGGACCAUUGCCAAAGAUUCAUUAAUACUAGAAAAAUGCAAAAUUGGAGGGAACCUUAAUUUUUUUUAAAUUGCAUUGAUACUGUGUAUCUUAAGGGCUUAUUUAUUGCCAAAAAUAUGGACCUUUUUGAGAAUAAACCUAGAACCUUUUCCAUAGCUGCCAUAAAAUAUAACGGGUGAAUUAAUCAUGCAUAUUCAUAUACGUGUAUAUGUUUAUUCAUAGUUUUAAAAACCAAAGCAUAUCCAUAGCAAUGGCCUGUCAGCCAUUCUGUCAAUCAGCAUUUCAUAUCAUAACAAGGCAUCAAAAUUCAACAGAUUUCUAAAAAGUUUUUGUUUGUGUUUUAGACAUUUUAUCUCAGAACUUGCUCAUCAGUUCUUACAUUGGACAUUAUUAUUAAAAGAUGUUUUAAGUUUCUGUUGUAAAUUAUGUACAUAUAAACUGUAGAGAUUUAUAAUUAGCUCAAAAAUUAAUCAUUCUUAGCAUCAUGUGAUCUGAUGAGGAAAAAAAUACCAUCGAAAGCGUUUGUGUGAACAUUGGUGUAUAUAUAUUUGUAUUCAGGAUGUGAUUACAAACAAAAUAAGUGAUUGAAGGCACGAUCUCAGGUAAAAGAAAGUGAACCUAAAUUUAAAUGUAGAAAUUACUUGGAGAGUUUGGUCUCUGUUCUUCUAGGCUGCUGUUAGGCUGGAGUUUUGUUCUAGCGAUGGAGCCGACCAAAUCUGGUCAGUGCUUACUCCAACAACACUUUGUAAUUGCCACACGUUACCGGGGUUGUCUUUUGCUUCACAUCUUGAUCGAUUUCCUCCUUUCCAUAUCCUGUUUUUAAGGUCUGCAUAUUCAAUUACCACAGCAUCUGCAGGUUCACAGGGAUACAGGUGUUGAAUCAACACCUGUAUGACUACAUCACUUGAAGUGGACCGUUGCAGGCUUUGCCAGACCAGUGACCAUAAUUUGGCAUCAAAAACAACAGAAGGUGUCAGAAAGAAAGUGUUGUAUGGCCUAUUGACAAAUGCUGAGGCGAUUGGUCUCGUCUCGAUUGAAAGAUGGAAUUGUCUUCUGUAAACUCACCUGUGGAAAUUUGCUUCUUGCAGUCGAAUGAGCACAUGAAAAAUUUCUAAGUGAAGGUAAAAUAGGACAUGCUAAGGAAAGGUUUCCUUAUUUUUGUACAUGUUUUCAGGUGUAUUGGCUAGGGCUACGACUCUGUCCUAUUACACCACUGUUAUCCAUAGCCUAAACCACUGACACAAAUUUACCAGGUAUUUGAAUAUUUCUAACUGUCCUGAUACAACGAUAUCCAUGCAUCAACCCACUGAAUAAGUCAAGUUCUGCAUCCAGACCAAUAGCAUAUUGUUCAAAUAUUAAAUCAGUAUUUUAUAAUACAAACUUGACAACAUUUUAUGGAACGAUUUUUGUAAUAGGAAGACCGAGUACUUGAGUGGUGUUAUUGUGCCAAAAUGAUGUGUGAUUAAAUGAUGAUUAUACUCAAAUCACUGCCAAAUGCUAGUUGAUUUUUAGAUAGUCCUACCAGCACGAGAGCUGUUGGCUCACUAAAAUUCAGAUUUUUUAAAGAAAAAUGUAAAUAUGUAAAUACACGUAUUAAAAAUGCUUCCCUUUUUAGUGCAUAAAUAAUUGCAGCCAUAGCAGCCUUUUGACUGUAGGAUUGUCACUAAUCACGCCAUGUUAUGCAGAAUAAUUUAGACUUCAGACAAAUUUUCCAUGCUGUGACCAUCUUGUGUACAGAUGAGAUUUUCUCUGUCAGAAUUUGUCAUCAGAUGUUCUCUGAAGUUCUCGGUGUAGUGCCAAGAUGCUAGCCUGUAUAUUGACUAAAAAAAAUGCUAUGGUCCCUAUUGUUGUCUCAGACCACUUGUCCCAUCGCUUAAAAAAAUGCGGCCAGUUAUGCAGGUUGUUCAAUGUGCAGGAAUUUAAAAUUGCACACAUGAAUGGCACAGUGGCUGCAUCCGAAUCUGUUGUCUAGGGCUACGUCUAGAUCUUCGCUCCAUUGGAAAUGUGUGGAAACGCGUAGACAACAGACCUAGCCGUAGCUCUGGAAGCCCAUUUCGGACACGGCCUUAUAAUGGUAAUAGCAUACCAGCAUUUGUUCUUUCACCAUUUAAACUCUGUAAUAAAAUACGACUGGGAACUGGCCUGCCAGUGCCCAACUUGUUAGGCUUCACUGCUUUCUCUUUACUUAGUACACAACCAUUAAUGGAUGCCUUAGUGCUUGCAUCAUUUGUUUCCCUGGGAAUUAUGAAUGUGAAGUCAGGGGACCUGACCAAGAUGGUCGCAGUAUGGAAUAACUGAAAGCGGAAAUACUCUUGGACCAUCUGUUUUUAUAUAUGAAUAAUUUUCCACAGUACCAUUUUUGUAUCAAGUAUUUAUUAUGAUGGGGUAUCCAAGCAGUGUGUAUUACAUCAUGCCAAAGACGCUGGGUGUUUUCGUAUGAAUCAGUACGUACCAUUUUGUAUGUUAUUGUCAUGCUGCAGUAGAAUAUUGUGCCUAUUUAGGUAGCUAUGAACUGUAUGGUCAGUAACUUGUAAACAUCUCUCGGAUAAAAGUGGAGAUGGAAAGAA